AUGCCUUCGUUGAACACACCCUACUCUUCAACACUACAUAAGACAAGGACGGUAAUCAGGAUGAUUUGGAUUGGGUCCGUGAGCGACUGCUUCGCGGUGGAAAGACUAUUCACGAAAUCCAGCUGGUUGCACCUCGCCGGGAAGCUACUAUUUCCGCGCUUGACAGUAAUCAAGGCGGGUGAAGAUGUAGAAUGUGGAAUAGGCCUGCGAGGUUUCAAAUCACAUGGUGAACACCGGCGAAAUCGAUGGUCAAACCAUGAUGAUCGUCAGCAGUCUGCCCUAAUUGUGUACGAUCUGGUAGUCGAGAUCGUCGAAUUAAUCCUACGAAACAAAUACGAUGCACAUGCGCAAAUCCUAGAACUCUUAACUUCUGUCACCGGACGUAAUUUACGUUUGUUUGAACGGUUUCCGAGCAGGCGAAGGGUACAACGAUGGUUUCACAGAUUUCGGGACUCAUAG